AUGUCUUCUCACAAGACUUUCAGGAUCAAGCAAUUCCUGGCUAAGAAACAAAAGCAGAAUCGUCCCAUUCCCCAGUGGAUUCGGAUGAAAACUGGUAAUAAAAUCAGAUACAACUCCAAGAGGAGACGUUGGAGAAGAAUCAAGCUGGCUCUCUAA